GGUGUCGCCGCACCUCUGGCCAUGAGGACCCUGUGGAUGGUGCUGUGCGCUCUGGCGCGGCUGUGGCCCGGGGCCCUGGCUGGUUGCGCAGAGGUCGGCCGCUGCUGUCCUGGCCGGGACCCGGCCUGCUUCGCCCGCGGCUGGAGGCUGGACAGAGUUUAUGGAACAUGCUUCUGUGACCAAGCCUGCCGUCUCACCGGGGACUGCUGCUUCGACUACGACAGGGCGUGCCCAGCUCGCCCUUGCUUUGUGGGAGAAUGGAGUCCCUGGAGCAGCUGCGCAGGUCAGUGCCAGCCCACUACGCGUGUGCGCAGGCGUUCAGUGCAUCAGGAGCCACUAAACGGAGGGGCUCCCUGCCCACCCCUGGAAGAGAGAGCCGGCUGCCUGGAGUACUCCUCAUCACAGGGCCAGGAUUGCGGGCACGCCUUUGUUCCUGCCUUCAUAACUAGCUCUGCCUUCAACAAGAAGAGAAUAAUGCAAGCCGUAUAUCCACAGUGGUCUAUACACACUGAGGACGCUGGAUACUGUAUGGAGUUCAAGACAGAGUCCCUGACUCCUCACUGUGCUCUGGACAACCGUCCCCUGACUCGAUGGAUGCAGUAUCUCCGUGAGGGAUACACAGUGUGUGUGGACUGUCAGCCUCCAGCUAUGAACUCUGGGAGCCUGCGUUGUUCUGGAGACGGUCUGGACUCUGAUGGAAAUCAGACUCUUCGCUGGCAAGCCAUCGGCAAUCCUCGAUGUCAAGGAACCUGGAAAAAAGUGCGUCGAGUAGAACAGUGCUCAUGUCCAGAUGUGCACCGCUUCAUUUUUAUAUAGAGCCCUGGGAGCUACUUCACAGCAUGCUUGUGAAUGGGCUGAGUGUUGACAAGCUGCGUUCAAAGCUUCAGAAGCCUCCAAAAGCUGUGCCAAGGACCUAGAUACUUGCCAUUGCUAGCUUUGCCAUUGAGAAAGAAGACUUAGGGAUAGUUUUCAAGAUAGAUCACAGCCUCUUUGUUUUUAUUUUUAAUGAGUUAACGACCCAUACUAAAAGCUCCUGUGGCCUAUAGACUUUGACCUUACAUUUGGUCACAGCAUACAUGCCUGUACUAGAAUCACCACCAUGGGCUCCAGUUUGGGGGCAAAUUGUUGUUUAAGGCACCUUUGUUCUCUCUCUCUCUCUCUCUCUCUCUCUCUCUCUCUCUCUCUCUCUCUCUCUCUCCCUCUCUCUCUCCCUUUCUCUCUCCCUCUCUCC